AUCAGUCUGCGUCCAUCCACCGCGUCUCUAUGCAUCGUACGCUCAAUCUGCUAAACUCCGCUCCCUCUUACCAAACUAAUUUCAUUGUAACAGAAACACGAGUCUUCUCUUUUUCAUCCCUGUUCUCUCCCUUUCUGUUUCUCCUUCAAUGGCUUCUUUCAAAUUCUUUCUUCUCCUCUGUUGCUCCCUUUUCCAUUUUCUUUACCAAGUUCAUGCUCAUAUCUCCGUCCCAGAUUCUGUACUUCUUCCUGUUACCAAAGAUCUUGCAACCCUCCAAUACGUUACCCAAAUCGAUUAUGGCAUCCCACAAGUACCCACCAAGCUUGUAAUUGAUCUAGGCAGUCCCUUUCUCUGGGUUGAUUGUGCCUCAGGCUACGUUUCAUCUAAGCGUAUAAUUCCCAGUUGUUCAAUUCAGUGCUCAUCGGCAAAGGCCUUUCGAUUUGGAAACAAUAGUUGCUUUUCUGGUACUUCUAGGUCUGAAGCUCAUCCCUCAACUUGUGAUCUCUUCACAGAAAACGGAAUCACACAGUUGACAUCAAGAGGGGAGCUUGCAGAAGAUAUUGUAGCCAUCCAAUCUGUAGAAGAUGGUAAAAUCAUGAAAAUUGAUCACUUUCUCUUCGCUUGUGCUCCUACUUCUCUGUUAAAUGGCUUAGCCAGAGGUGCCCAAGGGAUGCUAGGCCUAGGAAGAAGUCCAGUUGCAUUACCGUCACAGCUUGCUGCAGCGUUUGAUUUCCACAAGAAAUUUGCUUCCUGCUUGUCUUCCUCUAAUGGCUUUAUACUAUUUGGGGGAAGGGAUUCACUUUUUAGCCCAGAUAUUUCAAGGUCACUAACCUACACACCUCUAGUCUGCAACCCGGGAGGUAACAAUCAGGAAUAUUUCAUCAACGUGAGGUCCAUCAAGAUUAACGGCAAGCGAUUGGCUCUAGGCCAAGGAGGCAUUAAAGGGACAAAAAUAAGCACAACUGUGCCUUACACCACUUUGGAGAGCUCAAUCUAUGGCACACUUGUGAAGGCUUAUAUAAGGGCUGCAAAUGUUGUGAAUAUGACGAUGGUUGCUCCCGUGGCCCCUUUUGGCCUUUGCUUUAGUUCAAAAGGGAUUGGUGUCAACGAACUGGGAGCAGAUGUUCCAGCAAUUGAGCUAGUGCUGCAGAGCGAGAUGGUGAAGUGGAGGAUACAUGGGAGAAAUUCUAUGGUGGGUGUGAGUGAUGAGGUGAUGUGCUUGGGGUUGUUGGAUGGUGGGCUGGACUCAAACACCUCAAUUGUAAUAGGAGGGCUUCAAUUAGAGGAUACCCUUUUAGAUUUUGAUUUAGGAACUUGUAUGCUUGGAUUUAGUUUGCCUCAUCAGAUGAGACAAACUUCUUGUUCUAAGUUCCUGCUGGAGUCCACCUCGCUUAAGGAGUCUAUGUGAAUGUGCGAUUCCUCUGGUUUGGAAUUUUAAUUUUAUUUAAAGCCAUUCUCAUUUUUUCUUUA